UGUAAAAACGAUCCGCUUAUUUCAUAUACAGUACAUAUAGAAAGAUAAGCAUUAGGUUCAAGUUAUUCUUUCUUUCUCACCAGAACGGAAAACCUAAUGCAUCCGCCCUCCUCAAUUCUGAUUGACUGUGUUGGCAAGAGAGGCUACAGCAGCUAAAUUCAGGUGUCCAAACACAGGCAAAGUGUAUACGCUAGUGAAAUUGGUGAAGGAGCGACAACGCGUUAAGCGGUGCACGCAGAAGGGGGGUGUGACGUUGCCAUUGAUAGCAUGCAGAGUCCCUGGGAACCGCCUCUGUAAUAACGGGGGCAGGCCGGAAUCGGCAAUGCAACAUUUUACUUAACAUCUUUCCCUGUGAGUGUGUGUGUGUGUGUGUACAUGUGUGUUUGUGCUUUGUUUUUUUUGCACAGUGUGUGAACAUUGCUCGCUGCUGCACUAUCGCCGCUUCAGUCUGAAGCCAGUGUGGUUGGCAGCAAGCUGCUGCAAAGUGGAGCUUUUCCGCCCAGGCAAGGACUGCACACAAUACUCCAAAUGUGGCCUGAACAAAGUCUUACGUAGCUGCAACGUGCCUUGCCAAAUUUUAUACUUGGUGCUCCGACCAAUGAAGAAAUGAGUCUUCAUUCCUGGUUUCUGCUGUAAUUGACUGUAAUUCUCCACUUCAAGCGUGCAGCAGACUCUUGACUUCACAUCUGGUUAGUCUCGUGUAGCAAAGAUUCAGCAAGAUGGAUUGUAAGCGACUUAUUUAUUUUGGACGUCAGCUGGUUCGCCGCAAAUAUGUGGACUGCACUUGUGAGGAAACCAGACUUGCAAGAUGUUUGUCUACAGUGGACUUGGUUGCCCUUGGCGUUGGCAGUACCCUGGGAGCUGGUGUCUAUGUACUAGCUGGAGCCGUCGCCAGGGAGAAUGCUGGCCCUGCCAUUGUUCUCUCAUUCUUGAUUGCUGCUUUGGCCUCUGUGCUUGCAGGCCUCUGUUAUGCCGAGUUUGGUGCUAGAGUCCCUAGGACAGGCUCUGCUUACCUAUACAGUUAUGUUACAGUCGGGGAACUGUGGGCCUUCAUCACAGGCUGGAAUCUAAUCCUUUCAUAUGUAAUUGGAACUUCAAGUGUUGCAAGAGCGUGGAGUGCUACGUUUGAUGAGCUUAUUGGGAAACACAUUGAGGUGUUUUGUCGUCAGUAUAUGGCAAUGAGAGCUCCUGGUGUACUCGCAGAAUAUCCAGAUAUCUUUGCUGUAUUUAUAAUUUUACUGCUAACAGGGUUAUUGUCUUUUGGCGUGAAGGAGUCAGCAAUGGUGAACAAAAUCUUCACAUGCAUCAAUGUGCUCGUCCUGUGUUUUGUUAUGGUCUCUGGCUUUGUGAAGGGGACACUCAAGAACUGGCAGCUGUCCGAGGAUGUCCUAAUUAACGGGACAAAUGGUUCUGACUUGGAAAAUCACACACGAGUAGCUAACUGGAAUUAUGGCUCUGGAGGAUUCAUGCCCUAUGGUUUCACAGGAGUGCUUUCAGGUGCAGCCACAUGCUUCUAUGCCUUUGUAGGAUUUGACUGCAUUGCUACCACAGGAGAGGAAGUAAAAAACCCUCAGCGAGCCAUUCCGAUUGGAAUUGUUGCUUCCCUUUUGAUCUGUUUUGUUGCCUAUUUUGGAGUGUCUGCUGCCCUAACGUUGAUGAUGCCAUAUUAUUUAUUGGACAAGAACAGCCCAUUACCAGUUGCUUUCAAGUAUGUCGGAUGGGAUGGGGCAAAAUACGCCGUGGCAGUUGGAUCCCUCUGUGCUCUGUCUACUAGUCUUCUGGGUUCCAUAUUUCCAAUGCCGCGAGUAAUUUAUGCUAUGGCAGAGGACGGACUGCUGUUUAGAGUGUUGGCCAGAAUCAACGAAAAGACUAAAACGCCACUUAUUGCUACAGUAGUCUCAGGGGUUGUAGCAGCAAUCAUGGCAUUCUUGUUUGACCUUAAGGACCUUGUAGAUCUGAUGUCAAUUGGAACCCUUCUUGCCUACUCUUUGGUGGCUGCUUGUGUUUUGGUGCUCAGAUACCAGCCUGACCAGUUUUCUAAUGCAACAUAUCAAAUGGCCAACACAACUGAUGAUACUGAUAUGAACGAAUCAGUCAGUACUAGUGAUUCCCAAGUAGGCGUUUUACCAGAGAGUGAGGAAUUUUCAUUGAACACCUUGUUAUUCCCUGAAACUAGUCUCCCUUCCAAACAAUCGGGAUUUAUUGUUAAUACGUGUGUGUCUUUAAUUGGUGUUCUUAUCCUAAUCUUUUGUCUCCUGGCUGUCUAUGCAAAAAAUCCUUUGCUGGAAGGGAAAGCCUGGUGUAUUGGUUUAAUUGUUGUUGUGAUUCUUCUGUGUGUGACUUUAACUGGUAUCAUCUGGAGGCAGCCAGAAAGUAAAACAAAACUGUCAUUUAAGGUCCCUCUCUUGCCCUGUUUACCGAUUAUCAGCAUUCUUGUGAAUAUGUACCUCAUGAUGCAGUUGGAUAGAGGCACUUGGAUCCGCUUUUCUAUCUGGAUGGUGAUAGGAUGCAUUAUUUACUUUGCUUAUGGAAUGUGGAACAGCUCGGAGUCUAAUUCUUCCAGUUUUCCAGCUGACAGAACUGCAAGGGGUUUUAAGGACAUGGGCGCAUCAAAUGGUGAAGCGUUACCUCCAGAGAAGGAAGCUUUUCUGCAGAACGACACAGAAUAUGUUGCAGAAAGUGGCAAUGGCGAGGUUGAUGUUUAAACCAAUGGAGGGAUCUAUUUCUUGCAAAUAUGCAAGCAGUAUGUAUCUUGGAAAUUUAAAUUGAAACAGCUGAAUGAAUGCUGUUUGCAUUUCACAGGGAGUAAGUCUUUUCUUCCUUCCACACACACACACACACACACACACACACACUGGUGAGGGUUUUAAUUAAGUUGUUUUGCUGACCAUUUGUAUGCUUUAAAGGCCAACACUGCUGCUAUGAUUUCAUUUUCUUGUUUUUUUUACGCCCUCCAAAACAAUGGUAGCAUUGAUUACUCCACGUGCAAGGACUAACUGGUUCAAAUAAAGUCCUUAAUACAAUUCGGAGCUGGUUAGAUUUAAGGUACUUAUUGGUUUUUAACUAUGAGAAUUGCUGAAAUCUUAAAAAUCCUAAUUUUCAGCUGGUGAUCAUGUAUACAAAAAGUGUGGUUGGAUAUAUAUUUUUUCAAAAAUAUUUUCCUGGUUGCGUGAGUGCUUAUAAAAUAGCUUUUUCUAGUAAGUACAAUAUUAUCUAUUUUUAUUUGGGCUUAAGAAUCUGUGUACAUUGCAUUUCCUUACUUUAGUUCCAGUAUGACAGUGCAGGCCACUGUGUCUCGAAGUGAACACUUUAGUUUUCAAUCCAUUGCAGAUUAUUUCCUUUGACUACCUUAAAACAAAAUUCCCCAAAACACUGUUUAAAAUCUUUAUCUUUUUAUUGUCAAAGAAAGGAAUCUAUUAGUAAUUAUAAAAAGAGUUCAGAAGCAGUUGUUUUGCUGAUUAGACAGCAAGUUAGCCCUCUGAUUUAAAUUAUCAACUUAAUGUUUAGUCUAAUUCCUAUAGUCCAUAUUCACUUUCUGUUACAGAUAGGGAAUGUUACACCCACUUGCCUUUAAAUGCAUUUCUGCAAAAAUUAUGUCGUUGCACUGACCUCAUCAAUGUUAUCCCGACAGUGGAUAAUUAUACAGAUUACUUGUGUUAGUGAAUCUUAAUAACUUGAAAAAGGAUGCAGUGUUUUGCCUUUGGCUUAAAGUGGCAAAGGAAUCUAAUCUCAAAACUACCACAAGAAAAUAUUCCCCCUCCUAAUGGAUCUAUUGAAUAGAUUUCAGCUGAAGCAAUCAUUGUUAACACCUUUUCAAAAUAGCUGGGUGAACAUUGGGUUCAGCCAUGAAAGAUCAAUUCUCAAAUUGGAAUAGCUUUUUAGUGAGUAUUCAUAAAGCAAUAAAAGCCCAGAAGAGCUUUUCGCAGGAAAUAGCAUUAAUUGGAUGAAGUCCAUGAUAUGGCUGUUGAAUCUGUACAAGCUUUGUUAAGUAAAUUGGUCUUUUCUUGAUCCAUGCAUUCUUUUGCACCUAGCACCCCAGUGACUGACUCUAAAUAAGCUUGAAGUGCUUAGAUACUAAGAUUGAAGAAUGUAAUUGUACAGGCUGCUGAAAUUGAAAUCCAGUAGCAGUGUACUUUUCUUGCCAACUUAUGUGUAGUGGAUUUAGCACUUUUUUCAAAAGAUGUUUCUGGAAGGAAUUACAGAAUCAACAUUCAAUGAAUCAUCCAUGAUAUUAAGAAAUACCAGUUAAGAUUCUGAUUACUGUUAAUACAAUGUAGGCUAUUGUGUUAAUGAAUAAAUAGAUCUGCAUCUAUUAUUAACGCAGUGUACACUUCUAAUGAUGUGAAGGACAGAUGUCUGUCAUUUUGAAAAAAGUUUGUUCUCAAUUUAUUUAAUGUUACUGGAUUAUAAUCCAUGUGUACAUUAAUUUGCCCAGAGGUUUGUGCUUUAAAAACAAUCAUCAUUAAAGCUACUGAGUGACAGUUUACACUAUAUGCUGCAUUAUAUCAAUGUGAGUUGCACCAAUUUCUAUUGAUACUUUAGCAAAGCAAGUAGCUUUAUUGCCUGCUGUAAAGCAAAAGCAGCAGGAUUUGGUACUGAUACUUUUGAAAUUAAUGCCCUCAAAAUUACAGCAUUAAAAUCCAUCUUCAGUUUUUGCAAAACCACGUACCAAAGACCAUAAUGGUCAUUCAGCACAGUCAGUUGUUUUUGAGAAGUCAAGUUACACUCCCAAUCGCAUUUAGAAAGGUGGAGAUUUUGGUUGUAAAUCUGGAAAGAACUGCAAUGUUUGAGGCCACUGGGGAUUGCAAAAUUUGUUUCUACCCUAGUCUAAUAAAUAUAUACCAGAAAAUGACCAAUUUUCUUUCUGUAUCACAUUGACCAUUUUGAUUACAGUGAAAUAAAUCACCUUUAAGCAAUACUUUGAACUCGAUCCGGUAUCAUGUUGACAACUAUUAUGAUGCAUCAUAUUGUUGGAAAAUGGGAACUCUAGGUAUGUAUUAAUGACAGACAUUAAAAGCCAACCCCAUGACAGAGGGCAGUGAGCUGUUGGGGGAGAGCACGUCGAUGGGAAUAGUUUAGAUUGCUGUUGCAUUGAACAAUUGGAGACAUUCUAGUCAUAAUUCAUUGACUUACCUAAAUUAAGUUUCUGACCCACCAGUUUUACUUAAUAUUGUUGUAGUAUAAUCAGGAAGUAAGUAACACUAUUCACUUUUUCAAGUUAUAUUAAAAUUUUUUUUCAGAAUUAAAGCCUAAAUCUGAAUGUGACUGCACAACAUGUGCCAUACGCCAUUGGACCUGGUUUUGAUGCAGUGCAACCAGCAGAUUAGAGUUUACAUGGUAAUUCUCCAUAAGAAUCUUGACAGUAACAGCUAGGGCACAUCAGGCAAGGACACAUUUGCCCAAUUACUGUUUCAGAUCUUUUUGUUUUUCAACAGGGAAUAGUGCAUUGCAUCAGCUGGUCAUAAAUUAGCAAGCAGAAUAUUCUGACUCUGGCAAAAAACCUCCCAAUAUGAAAGCUGCACAUAUCAGCUUUUAGCUUGAGCUGAAUUUCAAGACGUCAAUUUUCAAUCAGCUAAUAAUUACUGUAAUAAAGAUACUUAGAAAUAUGACUAACAAAUGAAAUAUAAAGGAUAACCAUGGUUAUCAUGUGGCUCAAAGUAGGUAAUGCAUAUUACAGAAAGAUGUGUAUCUGUCCUGAAAUAUAAAAUGUAGGAACAAUGCAGCUGGUCAGAUUGUACCGAGGGAGAAAAUGCAUUAGGAGGGCUCCUGAUUGUUUGCUGCUAAUUAGGAGUUUAACUAGCAUAUUAGAAAAUCAAGGAAAGCAGCCCUAAGAUCUUCCAGUAGGCAUGACUUCUUCUAGUCAGUGUAUACAUGCAGAAUUAGCCUCAGUGUUUCUAACCUUGUCUAAUAAAUAUAUACCAGAAUGCUGAAAUGAGCUCUAUGCCAUUCUUGCUGUGAAAAUGCUGACGCUGGCUGUACUUGUAAAUAUUCUAAUUUGUGGGCAUUUUAACAUAAAUGCUUACUUUUGUGGUGGGGGAGCAGCUUAGAGAUUCUGAUCCCUGUGCAAUAUGGUAGUUUGCAGAUUAGUACCACUGUGAGAGUAAUUAUACAAUUCGGGGGCACAGGUUCAGUGAAAUCACCCUUGAUUGAAAAUGAUGGUUCUCAAAUAUAUCAGACUUUGGUUAUGGUUUCUUAUUCUAAAAUGAAACAGUGCAUAAACGAGGUGUAUCAAGUUAGUGCGAUGUCUUGGGUGACGUGUAUUUGAUGUUUAUGCACAGUUCUGUCAUUUUCUGACAGGCAAAUCUUGUAGUGGUUUUUCAGAAUUACAACCUUUAAUCAACACUUGUAUAAUUGCAUCUCCUUAGAAAACACAAAAUGCCUACAUGUGCACAAGCAAACACAAGUGCCACAAGAUUCAGGAAGGUUUGAACUACAAUAAAAUGAAUGGCACCAGUUUGUUAUUUUUGUUUUAUUCAUUUUUCUUGUUUUAAAUAAUGGCCACUUUGACAUAUUGAAAGAUAUUCAGUUCAAUUGGGAUUGUAGGAAAUACCACAAAGAUUAAAUAAGGAAAAAAAUUGCUCUGUGAUGGUGAUAAAAGAAAACUGAAGAUGAUAUAGAAGUGUGGUUUAAUAACAUGCUAACUUUUAUUUGAAUAGCUAUGGGUGGAGUGCUUCGCUUGGUGCUUAAGUCUGCAUUCAGAGCAGAACAGUUAGAUAAUGUGCAAUCGGCUACUGCUGUGCUAUGCCUUCAGCCUUAAAAAGAAGACAAUUUGAAUAGCACAAAAUAUAAUACGGUCAGACUUUUAUAGUUAUUUGUUAGAAACCUGUUAAAAUUAAGGAGAUAUCUCACUAGGUAUGACCUAAGGGAAGUCUUGGUCAUACCAUUUUCUUGUGAGCAUGUCAUUGAAUUCACUAAGGAAGAGGCUGUUGCUUAUCAGUGAGAACACAAUGUCUUCCUUCUGAUACGGUAUCAUGGCAUUUUAAUAAAGUAUCUAAAAAGCUUCUCGCAGGCAGAAAUCUAGGGAAAUCCUGCCUUUGCCCACAAAUUAAAGACAGAAUGGGCUGAAGUUUGUGGAACUGUGAUUUGCCAAGAGGUUAUCCCUAGGGGGCAUCUGUUCUCCCCCAGAAUAGUUUAAUCAACAUAAUUACUUGAAAUAAAAAAAAGUCCCUGUCCAUUGAUAAGACUUCAAGAGGCCAAUUUAUGCAUUAGAUAUUUGAUGUUCAAUUCCCAGGCAAUAGGGGCUCGGGGGGGUUGCGGGGGAGGACAUGGGGAUUAGUGUGGAGUCUCUAUCCCUUUCUCUUUUCUUGGUUGUUCUGGGAUAUAAAAACGUUCUAAAAAUAGGAGCAGCAGUAGGCCAUUUGGUCCUUCAAACCUGCUCCACCCUUUAAACUGAUCAUGGCUGAUGAUCCUGUUCAGUACCCUGUUCCUGUUUUUGCCCCAUGUCCCUUGAUCCAUUUAGUCCUAAGAACUAUAUCUAACUUAUUCCUGAAACCGUUCAGUGUUUUGGCCUUGGCCACCACCUGUGGCAGAGAAUUCCACUGGCCCAUCACUCCUUGGGUGAAGAAAUUUCUCUUUUUAUCUCAGUCCUAAAAGGCCUAUCCCAUACACUCAGACUGUGACAUCUAAUUCUGGACUCCCUGCUCAUUAGAAACAUCCUUCCUUCGUUUACCCAGCCUCGCCCUGUUAGAAUUUUAUACGUUUCUAAGUGAUUUCCCCCUCAUUCCUCUAAACGCCAGUGAAUAUAGCCCUAAUUGAUCCACUCAGUCCUCACGUAUCAGGCCUGCCAUCAGGGCUCUUAGUUUGGUAAACCUUCAUUCCAUUUUGACCAUAGCUAGAACAUGCUACCUCAAAUGAGAAAAGCUACACACACUACUGCAGAUAUGGUCUCACCAAGGCCCAGUACAGGUACAAUUGUAUGUGUCUGGAGGAAGGGAGUUGAUAGGCCCAUGCAAGUGAAGUCAUGACCUAUUUAUCCUCCCUUAUUUACCUGGGCAUCUAUUUUAAAAAGCUACAAAUGGAAUGGUAACUACUGGCAAUGAGCCUUACUUUGUGUACCCAGCUUGAGCAAACUUGAAGUAGGAGCUUGUUUCCUAUCCUAGUUCUAGAGUAAUCUCUUUCUGAAUGGUGAAUCUACAUUAGUGGUUCAUUUAGGCCUACUGAAGUGAUCUGACCUCAACGAUGCAGGCAGUAUUCUGGGAUUAGAGGUCUGUGGCAUCAUGAGAGAUCAAGCAAGUUGGGCUUAUACUUGCUGGAGUUUGGAGAUCCAAAGGAGCUUGACAAGGUGGAUGCUGUUCUCGUCAUGGGAAUCCAAAACAAUGGGGCAAGGUUCCAAAAUAAGGGGCAUCCCAUUUAGGCAGGAGAUAAGGAAACUCUUCCCUAAAUGCAUUGUUAGUCUUUGGAAUGCCGUUUCCAGUAAGCAGUAGAGGCCAGUUGAUACAUUCAAGGUGCAGUUAGACAUUAUUCUUUGAUUAACAAAGUGGGACAAGGCUUAUGGUGUUUGGCAGGAAAGUAGAUUUAGGACCACAGUCCGAGUCACUGCAUCGUUUUGAAUUACUAUACAGUAACUUUACAUUGACCAUAAAAGUUUGACCAAUAUGUCUUUUAAGAUGUAGUUUCUUUCUAAAUGAUUUGUGAAUAUUUUCAACACCAAGUAUGGCUGUAUCAGGCUGUUUACUUGAAAUCACUGCAUAAAUGUUUGGAGUAUUAGUCAUGGAUGUUGAAGUAGUAUUGGUGUAUAAUAAUUCUGGGUCAAGAUACAUAAUUCACACAUAACAUACUAAUACUUCACCAUUUCAAUGAAAUGUGUUGAGUUCUAGGAUGUUGCAGUAUAAUAAUCUAUGCUUGAAUCACUACAUAUAUAUUGAUAGUAGCCCAGUAAAAUUUUCAACAUUGAUUCGUUUAUAAUGUUCAAACAACAUGUAAUCAUGGCAUUUUACAAAGAAUGCCUUUCUUUUAAAGGCUUAGUAUAUACAAAAUUGAAGUAAACUAUUAUAUUUUCAAAGUUACAGUGAAUGUUUAGUGAUAUCAUGUAAAUAGCCUUGUCUUUUCAAUACUGGAUGAAAUGGUCUACUGUACAUAGAUGGUUGAGGAUCUGUAUUUAUGUAAAUUAAAACCCUAAUCUAAGUCAUACAUUUGUGCUUUUUGUUUUCUUUUUUAUAGCAAGUUAUUGACUGGAGCAGUUUGCUUGUAAUCAAUGGGCGUUACAUUGUAUCAAUUUUGAUUGCAUGUUUUUAUCAUUUUUAAAAGCAGAUUUUGACAAAAUAUUAUUUUGUUUUGUGCAUCUUAUUCCUUAUCUGUAACAAAUGGGUUGUUUUGGCAUAUAUCUGCUUUUGCUGACUUACAAUAAUGUAAAUAAUAAAGAACAUUUUUUAAUGGUGUUUUAGCUUC